UCGGUCAUGUGAUCAGCUGUGUCCAAUCACAGCUGAUCACAUAGCACUGAUGAUCAGUGUGCCCUGAUGAUCUGUGUAGCCUCAGCAACUCCACCCGUCAGUGUCCAUCAGUGCCAGCUCUAGGUGCUCAUCCAUGCCACCUGCCAGUGCCCAUCAGUGCCACAUUUCAGUGCCACAUAUCAGUGCCCAUCUGAGCUGCCUUUCAGUGUCACCCAUCAGUGCCAGUCAGUGCCACCUAUCAGUGCUGCCAAUCAGUGCCACCUAUCAGUGCCAGUCAGUGCCGCCUAUCAGUGCCAAAUAUGAGUGCUGCCUUUCAGUACCCAUCAGUGCCACCUACCAGUGCCUCCUCAUCAGUGUCCAUCAGUGCCUAUCACUACAGCCUCAUUAGCGCACAUCAGUGAAGGAGAAAAAUCACUUAUUUACAAAAUUUUAUAA